GUUCAAACGUGUGCUGUCUUCGACCUCUUCCCUGCAGGACGGUCCACAGAGCGUGCAGCUUCGCCACUCUUUCUAUACUUUUCUUCUCACAUAUCUUGCACUCUCUCUACCGUCGUUGCAUAAAUUACCACCUUGACGAACGUGUCAGAAGCAUUUUUUACAUCCGUCGUACAAAAGGCUCUCGAUACUGUUCCCGUUCAACGUAAUUACAGAAAAUUUAGAAAUCAACUCUGCCCGUUUCUUCUAUUUCUGUCACAUUCAAUUCUCUACAGAAAAGCACGAGAUGCUGAACUUGAAACCUUUCUAACGUAUCGGGAACAUUGUGUGAAAUCAAGGAGCAGAGUAGCUGGUGCCCAGUGUUGACAGGAUACCGCUACUCGAAACCGAGAUCCUCCUGAGCGCGUUGAACGCAGUCGUGGUUAUUGAGACCUCAAGAACGCUGCAGCAGUUUUUUGUCGAGUGAGCUUCUGUGUGUCGUCGCGAAGGAAGAGGAAUCAAAAAAAAAGUUUCUAUCCAAUCAAUAUGAAAGUGUAUUACUAUUCGCUUUCAAAGAAAUCGGGACUGACGUAUACGUGAUUGGAUGAAACGCACAGGAUAAGCCCUUGUGAAUAAAUGAAAAUGGUGAAAAAUCAAUAAAUAUCAAUAUAAUAAAUUUCGUAUUGUUGUGCGCGAGGCAAUUUCUCUUGAAUUGUGCUUAACGAUAAGAAAAUUAAGCUUGUGUGUGGAGCUAAUGCGAAUUACUGUAUUAUCAUUGUUUGCAACAAGUCAACUUGCAAAUAACCGAAUCAAAGAGCAAGGUAAAAGAAAAAGCUGUGUUGAACUUUUGUCCAAAUUUCAAGCUGCGGGAUCGCAGUUCAAAGCCAAAACGAGCGCGGCUUAACAUACGAACAUUUCCGAGAGAUUGCCUUCGGCAGUAACGCAGAGCUGGUGAUAACUCGCGGAGCUACCGAAACAAGAAGAACAAUAUCGGCGAGGAGGAGAGAGGUGCGUCUUUUCAGAAAUCGGAAGUGCGGAACGUGGAACAAAGGCACGAAUAUGUCCUGAGUCCUGAUGGGUCGCUUCGCACCACGAGAACCAGCAACUCCCCGAGGAGGGGAAACGCCAAAGAGCUUCAGGAGAAAAAGUGAUAGAAUUGACACGGAUUACUAAAAGGGCCUCGUGACGGAGGGGCUUCGCACAGCCCUGGCGCGGCUGCGGCAAUGCUCGGGUAGUUCGCUGCCAAACUCCCCAAAUCCACCCGCAACCCCGGAACACAAAGCGCACGGAUGUUCGGACAGCCCUGGCAAGGGGAGCGGGGGUGGUAGUGGAAAUGGGAGUGGGGCUAAUUCGAAAGGGCCGCAGUCGCCGCCGUCGCGGCAUCAGAACGCCGUGUCCCACGCCUUGGACGGGGACUCACUGGCCCACAUGGCUUCCGCCUUGAAGAAGAGAUUCCACUUCAAGUCGACCGGCGGGAGUCGCAGCUGCACUCGCACCGUGCCGAAGGUGGUCGUGAUGGGCAGCAGUACGGCUUCGGAAACCACCAUAAACACCAGCACCGACAGUACCAACACGAUGGUAACCUUGAUCACAACGACGGAUGGCGAACAGGCGGACGACAGUUUGGACUACCUGGACGGAACCCCGGAGAUGUCACCUCCCCCAGUCAGCACCCACUCCAACCCCCAGUCCCAGAGAUCGGAUACCGGGUACGGUUCGUACCCAGGUGCGAACCACUCGGUGAGCACGACCAACUUGCAUAAUGCCCAGAGCACACCCACCCUCCGACACUCAGCCGUCACGGCCGUCCAGACAGAAAGCUUGACCAACUCGACGGAAAGCCCGAAAGCGCCGCCGCCCACGCCCCUCGUCGGCUCGCAGCAGGAGGCCAGGUUCACCUUCGUCAGCGGGCGGACACCCCCGUUGCCCGACCUUCGGGUAACGGAUUUUUUUAGUACGCCUGUCAGAGGAUCCAUCGACGCUGGUCAACCGGACCCGAACCAGAUCAACUCGCUGCUGACGCUGGUCGCUGCGAAAGAGAGGAAAAACUCAACGGCCGGUAAUAACAGCGGGUUAAAAAACUCUCAGCGAUCGGAGGGUGAGAAGAACGGGAGUGAAUCAGGGAAGGGAAAUCAAAAGAUCGUCAAAGCCAAUAUCAACGUGACGACGAACCCCUUGGAUAUUACUUUGUGCAGUGGGCAGACCCCAUCCAACGCCCAAACCUCAACCGGAAGUAGAGUUCGCGCAGGCAGAGCGGCAGAAUGCCAUCCCCUCGUUUCAACAAUUCAUUCAUGGGUCAGGCUAUUUUUCCCGUUUUGCGCCAUAGGCGCCAGUAGCGGUAGCAAUAAAAGGACCACACAAGCUACCAUUGUUGUUCAACAACCGUCUCUCUCUCUGGACGCGCCGGCGGCGACGAUACUUCUUCGGCCGGACGCUGAGACCAGGCGACGCGAAGACAACAUGCGUCAGCUACUCGACGUCGCAAAUACACUCACCUUGCAGGAGAUCCACGACUUCGAGAUGCGGCAUGGAAGUCCUCAUCACAGCAGGUCGCAAUCGGUCAAGACACCAGGCAGUCGGGCGUCGGGACGUCCGAACUACUUGUGCCUACCACAGCAGCGUUCGCGCGUUGCUAGCAUGCCUAACACGGGUGUCGAGGAGGAGUAUUACAGACUGAGACACUUCAGCAUCACUGGGAAAGGGAUCGUGAACAGAGGAGACUCCCUAAAGAGUCGAAGAUCGAGGUCCAAUAACAGCGUCGCGUCCAGCAAUUCGAGCACCGAACAUUUGACAGCUUCUUAUCCAGGCUCCGCGCGGACGUCGGCUGCAGGAUCCUUGGCAAGUUCACGUGAGAGCAGCGCGUCCCAAGGACCUGCUCAGUAUCGUGUUUUGAUGCUAGGCGCCCCUGCUGUUGGUAAAAGCUCCCUAGUCUCCCAGUUCAUGACAUCCGAGUACCUCCAUGUCUACGACACAUCGAUAGAUGACGAGUCUGGGGACAAGACAGUCAGCGUUCUUCUAGAUGGCGAGGAAUCCGAGCUCACCUUUAUCGAGACCCCCGCCGACGUGAAUACCGAGGAAUGCAUAAAAAACCACGACCCUCACGCUUACUGCGUUGUCUAUUCAACAAUUGAUAGCAGCUCCGUGCACGCUGCUGAAAAAGUUUUGCAAGAACUCUGGCGAAUGGAUCACGUUUCUUGCAAAGCCGUGAUACUUGUUGGGAACAAAAUUGAUCUCGUCAGGGCGACGCUCGUCUCACCUGAGGAGGGUAGGUCAAUGGCGACUUCGUACGAUUGUAAAUUCAUCGAGACGUCGGUGGUCAUCAAUCACAACGUUGACGAACUCCUGGUCGGACUUCUGUCCCAGAUACGUCUUAAACUCGAGAAUCCGGAACACGCCCGCGACCUCCUGCGCAAGAGAUCACGGAAGAACAGGAACAGGUCACCCCUGGGCUCUUGCUCGGAGAAUAACUCGCCGAAGAAGUACAGGGGGAGCAGAACCAGCGCCAGUCUCAAGGUGAGGACGAUCCUCGAGAAGGUCUGGGCUCGUGACAGUAAGUCGAAGAGUUGUGAGAACCUGCACGUCUUGUAGGGAAGGCCGAAGAAGCCGCGUCGUUCGUGCAAAGUAGGCAAAGCUUCUUCCGGCGAUGGUGAGAAGAGAAGUCUGCAAGUCCGGGAUCACGCGACACCUACUUUGGAUGAACGCACGCGUAGGGUCCGCUAGUUUUCUUCGGGAUACAAAUUCGGCGUACCACGAUUCCCUGCCCUUACGUAUACGUAUACGUGUAUGUGAACCGAGUGCUUUUCACAUUAUCGGGCGCUGACGAUGAGCCGAGGAUUCAAGGGUUGCGAAACGUGCGUUAAUUUAUUUGACAAUUACCUCCUCUUGGAUCUUCGUCGCCGCGCUUGUUGGGGAGGGAUCAAAGUAUCUGCGCAUGGAUCCAAAGCAGUUACUAAACGGGUCCUCGAAUAUUCUGAACAAUUAUAUUCGAGGUCUGUACGUCUACAUUACCCGCCUCGUGCAGGGAACGAUUGCACGUCAACGUUCUAUCUCCAGGUUCGAAAUGUAAACGAUGGCGAGGAAAAUACGAACAUAUAACUUACACGAAGAUCGUUAUGCGUAUGACGGGACAAAUGUAUGUAUAUACGGUAUAUACCUAUACUACGUUACGUCAGGAGAUGGUUCGAAGUAUUGAAAGUGAACUGAUUGCGAGAGGAAAAGCAAGCUAAAAAAUAACCGCUGCACAAAAGUAAUUUCCUGAGUAUCUUUUGAACCCGAUUAUCACCCCCGCUAAAUAUGAAUAUACUUAAAAUUUAGGUGCCCCUGAUAGAAAUACGAUAUAGCUAAUUAAUUAGUGAAUAAUUAAUCGGUAUCGAAAAUUAAUUGAAACUGUUGCGUGGAGCGGUGAAUUUUUCAACACAUACAUAUGAGACCGAUUUGUCAGUCGAAAUUUUCGAUUACCUCGCGCUCUUCCGUGGAGUGAUGAUGAAAUUUUUUCUUGCCUUGUAAAACCAAGAAGCGCUGUAUCAAAUUUGUAAGCGCUAGUUUACACUGUGUAAAACUAUUUUGUGAUCUCGGAAACGUGAUUAUUUCCGACGAGAAUCUCGCAAGACGCAUCGUACAGAUAUUGAGAUAUCUCGAAGACAUUGACACGAGGUUGAAAAAGAAAUGUGCAGAGUUCCGCGCGACGCUUCCAAUACGUCGUCAUAUAUGUAUACCCUUAAUAUAUGUACACAUUAUAUACCCUUAGAGAACUUUUACAAAUCCAACAUUUAACCAUAUAUACGAUAUGAAUUUACACAAUUUUUUACAUUACGAUUUUUGUACCUUGACGGAGUAAUAAUUUGCUAAGAAUACUAUAUACGCGAUUGUGAAGAGUUGACAUUCAACGGCUAAUGCGUGUAUGACAUAAUAAAACUUAUACAAUACAUGUAUUAUACACUUACCUGAAUUGAAGUAUACACAACAAACGGGUUUCGGCGUUAUCUAUAUAGCAAAUAAACGAUGGCUUGAAGAAAAAGCAAUUUUAGAUAAAUAUUACAUUCGGCGUAUGUAUGCGGUCCACUAGCUUGUAAGUGAAACGAUAGUCAAAUUAUUA